AUGAACCGUACAAUCCCCCAAACCAUUCUCUCCCUACUUCCAACUCUUAAUUCCGCCGAGCUCCCGCCGCCGCUCAUAGAUCUCGCUGGCUCUCUGCUUUCACAGUCGCGGCACCUCCUCAGUUCGCUCAAGGCGGACGAGGAGAUCGCAAGAACCUAUGCGUGUGCUCAUAUAGCAUGCGAUAGACUCAAGACUUCACUCAACCUUCCACCAAUCGAGCCCCGUCCACCCAUCCCGCCUCGUGUUUACAAGCGACUAUACACACAUCUCGAUAGCAUCCUGCCUAUCAUAUCGACCCCAAACCCAAGAUCUGGAGCAAGGGGCAAAAAUGGGGCGGUGACAACUCCCAGCAGUGUCAGAUUCCGGGAUGCGUUGGUUGAGUCACCAUCAUCAGGUCGCCGCGGCGCCAGGGGAGAGCGUCCGACCCCCAGCAAAGAACAAACACUAGCACAGUUUAGGUCCUCAGGCACCGGCGGCAAAGGUUCGGCGAGAACCCCGGCGAAUGACCAACCGGGAAGCUUAGCGAACACGUCGAGAAGCGCACAUCAUCCGCCAUGGCUACGUCCAACGGCCCGUUUUGUAUGUGCCGACCUGGAAGAGACACGUGUGCUUCCUUUUGUCAUGGCAGGUCUUGACGCGAUCGUCACGCCUUAUGGAAAGCCCACAAACGACGAAUGGGUACAACAGAACAUGACAGCGCUUCUGGCGGCCAUUGUGUUCUACUCCACACGCGCGGCAGCAAAUAAUGCAGCAAAUGCUACCGCUAACGGCGAGGGUGCUGCCGCCGGAAAUCUGAGCAACGAGCAGUACAAGAUUAUUGAGAAACGUCUUUUAAAUGCCAUAGCAAAAGCCCGUCGAGAAGUUGUCGUGCCUGGUGCUCACGAUGCCUCAUCUGGUCAUCCCGGUCAGGAGGGCGACGCCGAUGGAAACAGCAAAAUCGAUGCCUGGUCACAAUGGUCUGAUUUGAAGGCUAGAGGGCUCAAGCAAGCAUUAAUGGUGGUCAAUGACCGCAAGUGGCUUGAGGAUGAUUGGUUCCGUGGCAUAGACGAUUUAACAGAUGCUCAGGUUUUGGCCGAUAGCCACAGUACAGAUAACUCUGCCAAUGAUGGCGUUCAGCUUCGCAGGGCUGACACAAUGCUACAAGAGAGGCACGACUAUCUUAGCGAGAGGAGACGACGGGAUUAUCGCAUCUGGAAGGCCCAAAUUCUAAAAAAGAUGUCUGUCCUAGAGCAAACAUCCAGCAUUCCUAUGGAAGUUGAUUCAUGA